CCACCUCUACACACACCUCUACGAAAAACAUCGGACGAAAAUCGAGUGAAAAGCGGAGAGCGAGUAAAACAAUAAAAAAGAGAGUAAAAACACACAAUUAAUUAAAUAUAAUUUGCCCAAAAAUACAAAACAGUGUGUGCGCGCGCGAUCCCCCAAUUAUGAAUUAAAAUUAAUUAAGGAAACCUGCAAAUAUCAAACGAUAACAUAAAUAAACAAAAAGAAGCCAAGAGGAAAUCAACAAGCAACAAGAAUUUGUAAAAAGCCAGGAAAAAUCAAGAAGAUAAUCAUUCUACAUAUUUGAUGUUAUACCUUUAAGUAUCAAUCAAUCCAGAAAAAGCAGUAGCAGUACUAUGGUAAUAUCGAUCGGAACGAUGGGCCUUGUGCCGCAGCUACAUCGAAAGUUUGCAACAUAUCGCAGGCUGUAAAGAAAAAUUGCAACGCCAAAUUGCAGAUACACGCAAGGAUAUAACCGAUAUAUAUAUUGAAGAGGAAAACCCGGGGUGAAGCACCACCCCCGCCCACCGCCACACAAAUGAGGGUGCCACCAACAGGUUGACCACCUUAAAAACAAAACAAACAAAAUAACGUAGUAAUAAAAAAGCCAACCGCACGACAAAUAGUAAAGGCAAUAACAACAAAAACCACCAAGCCACUAAGCCAACCAUCAAAAGAGAUACAAAAAAAAAAAAAAAAAAAAAGGCGAAAUACGAAAACUAAAAAACCCCCGAAAACCCCUGAAAACCCCCUGAAAACCCCCUCAAAAACCGCCUGGAAAACCACUAGACGCCCGCUACAAAAUGUUACAAAACUCGAACGCCGCUGCCGCAGCGCAUUCGGCAGCUCAGGCGGCCUCGGCGGUGGCGACUCCGGCAGCGGCGGCGGCAGCAGCGGCAUCGGCGGCAGCGGCUGCCGCGGCGGCAGCAGCAGCAGCAGCAGCAGCGGCCAACAACGCGGCACUGGCGGCCUCCUCCAUCCAGCCCAAGCUCAUCGUCAUCCGACGGCGGCCGAACCAGGGAUUCGGCUUCACGCUGCGCCACUUCAUCGCCUAUCCGCCGGAAGAUGACCAGGCAUCGGCAUCGGCAUCGGGAUCUGGAUCGGCGGCAGCAGCGACGGCGGCGGCAUCGACAUCGGCCGGCUGGCCACAGGAAGCCUCCAGUAUGGCCGGCAGCAGCAGCGGCAGCAGCAGCAGCGUCGGCGUCGCCGGGAUCACCGGUUUGGAGCCAACGUCGCCGACGUCGCUGCCGCCGUACCAAGUGAAAGCGAUGGAGACCAUUUUCAUCAAAGAGGUGCAGGCGAACGGACCGGCCCACUACGCCAACCUGCAGACGGGCGACCGCGUGCUGAUGGUCAACAACCAGCCGAUCGCUGGCAUCGCCUACAGCACCAUCGUCUCGAUGAUCAAGCAGACGCCGGCGGUCCUCACGCUGCACGUGGUGCCCAAGGAGUGCGAUGUCCUGCAGAUGCACUAUACGAGCAUUGCCCACACGCCAGAGUCGAAUCGCCUGACCAUGUCGACGCACUCGCCCUCGCUGCUGGCCAAUGGCUCCCACAAGACCACAUUUCCAGCAGCAACAGCAGCAGCAGCAGCAGCAGUUGCAGCUCCACCGCAGCAACAUCAGCAGCAACAGUUGAUCUCAUAUCCCGCUGUUGCAGCCGUGACCACAUCAUCGCCGUCAGGAUCGCCGCACUCGCAUUCGCAAUCGCAAUCGCACUCGCAUCCCAACAACACCCAUCAUGCGCCAUCCCUGCACGGAGGCAGUCGAUCGGGCAGCAUCACUAGCACGGCCAGCGCAGGCAUCACCAUCCUGAGUCACCAGUUCUACCCACAACAACAGCAGCAGCAGCAGCAACAGCAGCAACAUCGUCAUCCGGCGCUGACUGGCGGCAGCAGCAGCAUCGAUUUCGGGGACAUGGCACAUGGACUGCGGCAACAUCAUCAGCAGCAGCAGCAGCAGCAGCAACAGCAGCAACAUCUCUACCAGCAGCAGCAACAUCAUCAUCAGUUCAUGCGUGCCAAUCAGCCGCCAAAUUUAACAGUAUUAUCGGCCAGUUCGGCAACGACCACACCCACGCCCACCGCCCGCCAGCCCAAAUGCGCGACGACGGCCCUCAGUCAGGCGUUAUAUGCAGCCAGUGCGGGACCAAAUUCAGCCACCGGAUCGGGAUCCGGAUCCGUAUCCCUUUCGGGUGGCAGUGAGAACAGCGACCUGAUGAUCCGACUGCGCGAAUCGAUCAAGCAAAAGGAGGAGUUCCUCAAGUCGCCGGUGCCUGCAUCCAUGUCCUCCGCCUCCGCCUCCUCGACCAAUGGCAAUCAGCAGGCGCAAUCCUCAUCGCCGGCACAGCAGCAACAUCUGCAGCAGCAUCAGCAGCACUUCUUUCCCUCGCACACGCCGCCGGGUGGAGUCCAGGUGGUGGUCCCUCCGCCACGCAGUCGCCACCAAGUGCUACUUAAACAGCAACAGCAACAACAACAUCAGCAGCAGCAGCAGCAGCACCAGCAGCAACAACUUCACCAACAACAUCAACAGCAACAUCAUGUCCUUGGCUUCGACAUGUACUAUUCCGGUGGCAAGCUAGUGCAGCGAUCUUCCACGGCUCCCGGCAGUGUGAGCCACCACCACCAACAAUUGCACCAGCACCAGCAGCAACAGCAACAGCAGCAGCAACUUCACCACCACCAGCAACAUCAGCAGAUACAGCAGCAGCAACAUCGCCAGGUGAUGAUCAACAACAAUGCCAAGUAUGCCAAGGAUCUCGACUAUUUCGAGACAUUGCAGGAAACAGGAGUCACCAAUAAGGUUUUCGAGCGCAAAUUGGUGUCGCACAUGUCCAAGGGUUUUGAUCCCUUCAAACCGCUGUCGAUCAACACCAGUGCCCUGGAGUCAUCCGCCAGCACAUCGAGCACUGUGGCCACGUCGACGGUGAAGAAGCAAAGCGUGCUCUACGAGUCCCUGCAGCAGCAUCCGCUGGCCAAGUACCAUCAGACGCAGCAUCAAACGUCGACGAUGACGAUGACGACGACGACGACGACGACGUCGACGGUGGACGGACAGGCGAGCAGCCGCAUGGAGCUGCACAAGGCGACGCUGGCGAAUGCCACCAUCGAUCCGGUGCCAGUGGGAACCAGCAGCAAGUUUGUGGCGAUGUCGGAUAAGCCGCCCGCGGGUUCCUCCGUUGCCACCUUGGCGGACAUUGCCGAGAGCAGUGCUGCAGCCAUUGUGGACUGUGCUGUGGGAAGCGGCAACGUUGUGCGACGCUACAAACCCUUAUCCUCCAGCUCCUUUGACGAGGGCAAACCGAUGCGCAGGAUCUCCUAUCUGCGGGCCACCAACAAUGAGGCCGAUUUCAAUGCGGACGCAACAGCUGUCGGGGAUGCUGCUGCAGCAGGAUCGGGAUCGGGAUCGGGAUCAGGAUCAGCAGUAAUACCAUCCGUUGCAUCAGGAGUGGCUUCAGCUGCAACCGCUCCUUCAGUCGCCCCUACACCCGCACCCACACCCGCAUCCGCACCCCUGCCCAUUUCGAUUCCCAUUCCCAUUCCCAAUCCGGUGGCUGCCGUCGUGGAGCCGCAGAAAACGAAAUCCCUGGUGGAGGAGCAUCCGGAUCCCACCUACGAUGUGAUCGGAGGCACUGGCGGCGGCCACGAGUUCAUCGAGACGCCCAACGGCCUGGAGGAUGUGCGUCUGUCGGCCCACGGGAGUCGCAGGGCCUCAAUGAGCAGCGACAUGCGUAGCAGCAUUCACAUCGAUGCCGAGCUGAAUGGCAAAUAUGUGCCCAACGAACUGGAGGCCUUCGAAACGGAGAUUGAGAUCAAGUCCUCGUGCAUCAACGGAAAGCGCAUGUCCGAGUACCGAUCGUGGCGUCAGGUGAAGCUGGAGAUCAAGGGCGAUCUGCUGCGCAUCUACUCAGGCCGUCAUGCCAAAUCGGAGCACAAUGUGAUAGAACUCGAUAUUAGAAACUUUAAGUUCUUCGACGAGUCGCUGGACAAGAAGAAGUACUUGAUCCGCAUGCAGUCGAAGCCAUCGCCCAGUGGCGCCCACUUGGCCUCGCUGGGCAACGAGUUGAACCUGGAGGAGGGUCAGGGGGACAAGCUGCUGACCUCCUCGGGCAGCAGCAGUGCCAACGAGCCCAAUCAGCCGAACUCAGCUUCGGCUACAUCAUCGGCCCUGACCGCAUCCACCUCCUCGUCCACCUGCAGCAGCGGUCCCUACACGGAGAUCCUAUUCAAGACCAAGAGCAGCAACGAGAUGAAGCGUCUGUUCGGGCUGCUUCAGUGGAAGGACAGCCUCAACUACGACGACAAUGUGAGUCACCAGCAGCAGCAGGGCAAGCAAUUGGCGGAACCGCAGAAGACAGUGGCCAGUGCCAGCUAUUUGGACGAUGCUCAGGCUGGAGGAGCAGCUGCUGCCGCGGACAGUUCACCCCUGAGUUCGCAUUCGGGUGGCAUUGCCGAGGCCAGCGGCGGCCAUCAUCAUGUGUCGGCUCUGCCAGCGGCGGCGGCCAUUGUGGCGGCCACCAGCGACUCCAUAUCGCCGGUGAUGAAGGCGAGAAAGUCAUCGUCGCACAAGCACAUACCCGACAAGGAUUUGGGUUCGCCAAAGUCGAAGAACUGGAAGGAUUUGCUCUUCCGUCGCGGUGGCAGUGGCAGCGGCAGUGGCAGUGGCAGUGGCGGCGUGUCCCAUCACGACUUGGCCUCGCCAUCCGGUUGUGGGGCCAAGCAGGUCGGUUCCAUUGGCGUUCCCCUGCGCAGCUGUCCGAUGUCAAAGAUGAAUGCAUAUGUGCCGCACCUGGUGGAGGUGUGCACGAACAUUGUGGAGACCAAGGGCCUGGGCGUGGUGGGCAUCUAUCGCAUACCCGGCAACAAGGCGGCCAUCUCGGAGCUGUCCGAGCUGGUCAACAACAAGGAUUUCCAGUUCGAGAGCUGUGCCAGCGACGACCGCUGGGAGGAUGUGAACGUGGUGAGCAGUCUGCUCAAGCUGUUCAUCCGCAGCUUGCCGGAUGCCCUCAUGCCGGCCAGCUACUACAUCAAUUUCAUCGAGGCGGACAAGAAGUUCGGCCUGGAGCGGAUCGUCCUGCUGCGUGAGAUUGUCGAGUCCCUCCCACGACAUCCUUACGAGACAAUGAAGCACUUGAUUCGUCACUUGUGCCGGGUGAGCGGCAACUGCGAGGUCAAUCGCAUGGAGCCCAAGAAUCUGGCCAUCAUCUUCGGGCCCUCGAUUAUCCGGACGCCGAACGACACGCUGGAAACGGCGGUCAAGGACAUGAAGCAUCAGUGCCGCAUCGUCGAGCUGCUGGUCACUCAGUAUGAGUACUUCUUUGAGGGCGGCAGUCUGCCGGAUUUGGCGGAGGUGAGCGGUGGCUCGGCCGCCGUGAGCGCCGCCCAGCCGCAGCAGCAGACGCAGGAGGAUCAGACGAACAUGCUGCUGCACAACCUGUCCAAGAUCGAGCGGAUCACGGAGCGGGAGACGACGCGCACUUCGCGUUUCAUGCCCCAGCUGAGGCGGAAGACGCAUGGCAAGCGGAGCGCCGUCAGUUCGGACACGUACUCCGGCGAAAGUGUUCUGGUAAGCGGGAGCUCCUCCACCAACAACACCACCACCACAACCACCACAACCACCACCACCACCCACACCACAAGUAGCACAAGUAGUAGCAACACCAUCACCACAACCAUCAGCACCACCACCAUCCAGCAGCGAAGGGCGCAGCGCAAGGCUGUGCAGAGCAUUUGCGACCAGGCUCUAAUCCUGCUCCUGCCCACACCCGUUUCCUCCGUCUCUCUUCCCUUUCAGUCGCUGGACUACGCCAAGGUGUCCGCCUCGGCCUCGGCCUCCGCCAGCAGUACGGCCAGCACCUCGAGCAGUUCUACGCUCCACAGCGGCGGCGGUGGCGGUGGCGGUGCGGGCAAGGCAUCCAUCUCGUCCUCGUCGUCGAGUUCCACCACCAAAUUCAGCUCAUCCUCGUCGUCGGCCUCCUCCAGCAGGGCAGUGGCCGUGUCGUCCUCCAUUUCGGCCACAUCCUCCAAGCUGCUGAGUGCCAAUUUCAAGAAGCGCAGCACUGGCGGAUUCCUCGGCUCGAGCCGAUCCUCGCACCAGGCGACGCGCAAGGCCAGCCUGGAUGAGAAGGACUCGGGUCAGUCGUCGGGCAGUCUGGGUCAUGGCCUGGGUGUGGGCCUCAAUCUGGCCAAGGAGCAGCAGCGCAGCAGCGUGGACAUAUCGAUACUGCUGACGGACGACGACUCGAGCAGCAGGCUCAGCGAUACGGGUUCCAUGUCGCUGACGACCAUCACGGACACGCUGGACAGCAAGCUGCGCAACCUGCGCAGUGGCUCCGAGUCGAACGAUGAGAACGGAUCGCCCGAGUUCCCCAAGAACCGGCGGCACACGCUCGGCCAGCCGCUGCACCUGCACUCCGAGAACAUUCCGUAUGCGGAUGAGUCGCCCGAGCGUCUGUUCCAUCAGUUCUGCAAUCCCCUGGACGCGGCGCCGCUCUCACUGCACCUGAGUCGCUCCUGCACGGCCACCAAUACGAUUGGCGCUGGCGAUGACAAGCCCUCAGCGAAGCAUGCAGCGGCGGGCGUGGCACCGCUGCCACAGAGCCUGCUCAAGGCGGCCCAUAAGUUGCAGCACUCGGCCACGGUGCCCAUUCAUCAGGGCAGUUCCACGGCGCCCACCAGCGGUUCAGUCACGCCCGUUGGCACGCCCACUGGCAGUAGUGGCGGCAGCGGCGGAGGGGCAGGUGCCAUUCCCUCGCGCAGCUCGUCGAGCAGUGUGACAACGCUGACCAAGAGCAUACAUCCCAGGUUCAGUAACUAUCUGAGCUACGAGAGGAGCAAUGCGGCCACCGCUGCUGGUGGUGGUGGUGGUGGUGGUAGCGGCGGAGCAGAAAGGGCAGUGGGAUCAGGUGGUGGCGGCGGAGGAGGAGGAGCUGCCUCCGAGGAUGAUUCCGAGGGCUCAACCACCAGCGAUCCCAAGGAGAAGCUGCUGCUCGGCGAGCGACCAUCGCCGUCGUUUUUUCUCGAGCGCUACAACAAAAAGAGACGCGAUCAUCGGUUAUUUCGGAGUGCCAGCUUCAAUUGCCGGAACUACUCCACCAGGCACAUUACCGGCGGAGCGGGAGCAGCGGGAUCAGGAGCGGCAACGGGAUCGGGAGUAUCAAGCGGAGUAGCUGGUGCGGCAGUGGCAGUGGGCGUGGCCUGCUGCCAGGCAUUGAGCGCCACCGGCUUGACCAAGGACGAGAAGACUGACAUGAAUCUGACCAAGAAGCGCCAGAUUCAGAACAAGCAGAAUCGUUCGAUCAAGCGACGGCACACGGUGGGCGGACCACACGACUAUUCCGCCAGCAAUGGCGGCAGCUGCUCGAAUCACGGCCACAGCCACGGUCACGGUCACGAUCUGGCUGCCAUAAACUACAAUCAUCACAAUCGCCACCAUCAACAGCAGCUGCUGAAGCUGGGCAGCGCCUCGUCCGGCGCCGGAGCCAGUGGAGCGGCGGCGGCCGAGACGACAACCACCACAACGACCACGACCACGGUGCUGCGACGCCUGGGAUCAGCCGGUCAGACGGUAGGAUCCGAAUCGAGUGUGGCAUUGCCCGGUUCCAGUUCGGGAUCGAGUAGCAAUAACAAUAACUCACCGCAAAGCGAUGGAAACAAUGGCAACGGCGGCGCUGGAGCAGCGGGAGUGCCAUCCAGUGCACCACCAUCUGCUGGAGGAGGAUUAGUGGGUGGUGGCGUUGGCGUUGGCGUUGGCAUUGGCGGCAGCAAUAGCAACAGUAGCAGUAACAGUAACAGCAGCAGCACCAGUACCACACCCGCUGGCAACGGAGAUCAGGUCCUGGAAGUGGGCAUACGCAUCAAGAACAUUAACCGAGGUCGCUUCUAAACGAAAGCAUAGAUCUCCACAAACAAGAAAAGAACCAAUUUAACCUGGUUCAAGCGUAGUCUGCUGAUGAAAUCAUUGUAAAUGUUUACAACAAUGAGACAUAUGCAGACAGUUAAAAACAAAAACCUGAUUAUAUAUCAUAAUGCAAUGAAACCACCCCAAAAUAGCAGUUGCUUAAGCAUGUUAGCUUAGCACACGCUAUAAAAAACCACAGAUUAAAUGAGUACCAACAGGGUUUCAUAUAGAAACAGAAGCAUAAAAUGGAGACAUUUAACAACAGCAGCAGUCUGUUAAACACACAAAUGAUAAAUGAUAAAUGAUAAACACACAGAUUUUUAGAGACAAACGUUGAAAUGAAUGUUAACCUGAGUAAAGUUGCUAAACAAGAAAUCAAAUCAAAGCCGAAAAAGUAAUUUUGUAAAGUUUUAUGUGGCUUUAUGCUUUAUAAGCGAAUGUCUUUAAACUAAAGUUUGAUGUCUUAAUCAAAACUAAUUUUAAAGCCCAAGUGUGUAGGGCUGAGCUACUUAAAAUAAAUCAAAAAUUACUUUUUGCAGCCAAGAUUCAGUGAGAAAUAGUCACCAUAAUCUAUAUUACUAUAUCUAUAUCAAUGUGCAGUUGCAAAGUUGUGUCCGAAUCGGGUCUUAAAACUUAACCAAAAGAAUGUAGGAAAAGAUUUGAUCGGAAACACGAAUCAGCAGAACAGUUAAAAUACGUAUUAUCACAUAUUCUAUCACAAUAUCUUAUAUAUUCAUAUUCAGAGUCCCAGGAGUUGUGCCGGCAAUAUAUAAAAAACUGACAAACGACAUAAAUGUUACACUAAAAACAUUAAAACAAA